AUGACUACCACUCAAACAAGUUCAAUGUCAGAACUAACCAGUGAUACUUCAUUGCCUUCAACUACAACACCAACAAUAGAAUUUACCACCGCAACAUUGUACACAACACAAGGUCCGACAACAGCAGAAAAAACAGCAGCAGAAACAAGUGCAGUCACAACUGCUAGCACUCCCACAAGUACAAUUCCUGAAACAACAGAAAGAACCCCAUCGACAACAACAGCAGGAUAUACCAGUUCAGCAGAAUACACGAUGCUAGCUACAAUAACCACAGCACCAAAAACUUCAGAGUCCACCACAGCAGGAUAUACCAGUACAGCAGAAUACACGACACUAGCUACAAUAACCACAGCACCAAAAACUUCAGAGUCCACCACACUGGACAUACCAGUUCAACUGAAGACACAACAGAAGUUUCAACAGGCACAGUGA